AUGUUCCAGAGAUCUCGUUCCGGUGUCGUAACAUUAUGGUCCAGAGAUCUCUAUCCGGACUAUUGGUUGACCUAUUUGUAUAAAAGAUUAGUUGGUAGUCCAGUUUUAAAGGUACCAGAGGUUUCCAGUGAUUUCAGACUUUAUGCUCACUGUACCAAUACUAACAGUUCCAGUCAAUAUGAAAAAGGGAGUAUAACGAUGUAUUUUAUGAACCUAGGAGUUGAUACCAUACCACUAGACUUUCCUGAUAUUUCUCACAACCCAGUCGAUGUUUAUAUCUUCAGUCCAGGAGAAUACAGAAACCUGACCUCCAAGAGUGUUAGAAUGAAUGGUCAAAUUCUGGAAUUGAAGAACGAGUACGAGUUACCGCCCUUGAUACCAGAGAGUCGUAACAGCACGGUUAAUAUUGAAGCUUAUGAGAUGGGUUAUAUCGUACUCCCGAAUGUUAAAUCAACACCAUGUCUUUGA